CUCGGUUGUUUCAUUCAAUGCUUUCCAAUCUACGGCUUUUCCAAGCAGCUUUCGUCAGCUCUGGUAGCUCUUGAAUGAUUCCUCCCAUUGUUCACAUCCAUACAUGUCACCGUGUGAAUAGCGAAAGUACAGAAGUAUGAGUUCGAAAAACUCAAAGAUCAUAGAGAGACAACCCCCAAAUCACGGAAGGAUAUAUUCAACGUUCAAAUACGCUGUCAAGGUCCCAUCAGACAUUACAUCCCCUCAAUUUGAUAUCUUGCAAACCAACGAAUGGAUCAAGGCAUCAUUACUUGAUUCACGAGGUCUGCCAACCCGGGAUGUAACAAUCCGGCGAGCAGGGAAGAUAGCUAAGGGUCAAAAUGCUGUACUACACAUCACUGUUUCGCCAUUAAAGAGUCACGAUUCCACAAAAUGGCCUGUGCGGCUUUGGGGCAUCCCACAUCUAAUCGUCCCUUAUCCGAAAGCCGAAUGGGCAAAGUGGCACAAGAGGAAUUAUAAUAAGGAAAUUUUUAAUCAAUGGGACGCAAAGGUGAAAGAGGGAUUUGAGGGUAAGGAUCAGUGGGGAAGAACCAAGAGAUGGGUCAAGACAAGUGCGUCGAAGAAAGGACUGGUGGUAUGGGUCAAAGAAAAACCGCAGGAUGUCAUAGAAGAGGAGAGCUUGUCGAAAACGCCUGCCAUAUCAGGGGUAUCUCCAUCAGUAUUCUAUAACGACCGUGAUUCGCAAUCUACCCAUGCGGGUUCGACGUUAGAGACCACCAUGCUUGCGGCUUCACCCCGGGAGAGCACAUUGCCUAAGUUUUCUGCUGUACUGAGACACAGUCCAGAUAGAAUCGAAAGAGCCAUUUCCACCAUCCUUACAGCCAAAAAAAGACCAAUAAUGGAUAUUCAGAGGCCAGUGGACCCUCGUCUGUCAUACACUUCAAAUGUGGUAAAGCGCCCAAGGCUGUCCGAUGGACCGGGACAACAGCCGUCAUCAGACGAUUUUCAAGGCAGACCCACCACGACAUUCCCACUGUCAGGCAUCAAACCAUGUAUCAUGCUCAACAAUCCAACAGACGGAGCCCAGCCUUCCUCUCUGAACAUUUCCACAAAUGAUCUGCAUUCUCAAAUACCUCCCUCAUUCCGAUCUCCCUCUCUCUCAGUCCCCGUGGAUACCACGAAGGCCUCUCUCGAUCUAAUCAAAUCACGAAUCAUAGACAAAAAAAAGCAGCUGCAAAGCUGGAGAGCAUUGAUGGAGGAGUUCCCAUCUAUGAGCAGCACGUUUACGAUGCAAAUUGAGAGGAAUGAACGGGAGCUUCAGAACCUUGAGAUGGAGCUUCAAAAAGUAUCAGGAUGCCAGAGCUAGCAAGUUGCCAGUCAUCCUUUUUAAGGGCUGAUGUAAAGUUGACUGGUAUUUCCGUCUUCUCUGCAUCAAAUGAAGUCAACAGUUAAUGAGAAACACUACAUAUAUUAGAUAUCGGUGAUGGUAUCAAAACUUUACUACGCCGUACAACCCAUUUACAGUCAUGACUCGGUACAUCAAAGGGAAGCCAUCUUCCUUUUUAGCCGCUCGCUGAACCUUGUGCCCUGGCUCAUCUUGCUAUUCAAACUAUUUAUCGAAUUUGCCGAGUCAACAUAAUCAUCGCUCACGGGUGCUUGGUCGCUGUCACCCGAUAAAGAUAUUGAAGGUGAAAUCACAAGACAUGUUUUGUCUUGUCGGCAUUUAUUUAAAGGUGAAGAGUUUGAUGAGGGGUUUAUAAAAGUGGACGGAGUUAGAUCUCGGCUCGAGACGGUGACAACCAACCCUCCAGAUUCGGGCUUGGACUUGGCCACCUCCGCUUCCUUUUCGACUUCUUCUUUUGCCUCUUUCAUCUUCUCCAUCUCUCCAUUAGCUUCCUUCUCACUCGCCGGGGGCAGACCCAACCUCACACUCCUCGCAUUAUCCGUAUACGCCUUUAUCGCCACCUGUGCCCCCUUUUUGACUUCAUACCUCACGGAACCCGCAUGCAUCCUCGGCCACUUGCCCGACCGACAUCGUCUGCUGACCCAUUUCUUCAUCCUACUACCUGGCGCUUUGUAGGAUGAAAGUGCGACGGUCUGGGUGAGGGGUCCGUAUGCUGGAAGAGGUUCGGAUGGAAGGGGGUGAAUGAGGGAUGGAGAAGAUGAUGGAAGGGAAGGACGAAAAUGGACGAGGCCGGGGAUAAAGUCAUCUGGUGUGGCGGUAGAAUGAAUGAGAUUGACGUGCUGCAUGAACUGGUUAAAGUCAUGUCCGUUAUAUUCGCAUCCUAUCCAUUCAAAGCAAGAAUAUCAGCCCUCAGCCUCCCGACUUUAUUUUGCCACAUCAUAUUCCAUUCAUCCAAAAGGUCCUUGGAACUUACCGCCAAAAGGACAUCUCGCCGAAACAAACUUCAUAUGCAAAACCAACACGUGCUGAUGCAGCUCGUUUCUCGUUCCAAACGCCUCUUGGCACUCCCCAUCUCCCCACAAACACCGAAUUUUCCUCUCGCCAUUCACUACCAUCUCGGGGAGGGUUCGGUUAGGGUGGAAAUGUGAUUGGAAGAUAUGUUUCUCGAGGACGGCCCAUGAAUUGAGGAUGGCUUCACAUUUUCCCCAGUGGCAUCGUGUUUCCCUAAUGAAGCGAAAAGUCAGAGGUUUGAUGGGAUUCGUCACGUUUUAUUUUGGCAAUAAUGAGAAGGAGGAGGGAUAUGGCGACCCUGUAACUUACCGUGCAUGAACAAAGACCUGCAGUUGAAUGUUAACAAUCUUCCUCGACGCGACUUUCUCCUUCUCUUUUUCCUUUUCCACCCGUUCUAUCAGUUGUCGCCUUGCUUCUUCCAUCGCCCGCUGCUGUUCCCUCCUGAUUAUCUCGAGGUCUAGACCUUGCAUUGGAGGAGGAAGGGGAGGAGGACGGUGGUAGGGAAGAGCAAGAAGGAGACGGGUCAGAAGAGUUUUAGACUGCUCAUCGUCGGUCUUUGGUUUGUAUAGAUCAUUAACAACAGGUCGAGCGAUUUUUUUUGCCUUCUUAUUGUCUUCCUUUUUCGCCUUACUAUCAGCAUACGACCUCUGAAUCUGGAGAUGUACCCUCUGCGAAUGCUUUGCAUCCCUCUGUGCACCCCGUGAGAGUUGAUACCGGCUGGACGACGGUUUGGACGCGGGUGCGGUUGCGGACGCAGGUUUAUGUGCACUUUGCUUCUUGCCAUCACCACUGCCAACACGAACAUCAUAAACGUGAUUUUGAUUUUGCAACUGAGACAAAGAAGAAGGGGAUUUUACUUGAGAUUGGAGGACUUGCAAAGGUGAGACUCGAGGACGAUGCGAUAGAGGAGGAGGAUAGGGAGAGUGAUCAUCAUAAUAAUCGAAUCUUGCUUCUCUCCCAUCCAUUCGGUGGGACGAAUGCAGAGGAGAAGGAGGAGUAGCAGCAGAGUAAGGAAUAUGGCGAGCGUAUGGGUGGUGAUAGUAUCUGUGCUUUGGCUGAUAGGCUCGGUGAAAGUGAGCUGGGUAGUGGCCCGAGACUGAGAAAAGAGUCAGUGGUGGGUUGGCGCGAGAGGCGUGAAAGGGAGGAAGGUAAGCGGAAACAUUGUCGCGUUCUUCAGCGUAAGUGUCACAGAAAAAGCAAAGAGAGGGGCAUCGCUGUCUGAUCUUGACAUGCGCACAAUCAAAAGAUGAGGGACGAAGGAAGAGGUGAUAAGAAGGGAAGUCUGUGACACUUACAAGACUGUUCGGGUGCGGAGUAAUGAUGGUCAUAAUCAUCGUAGUCAUCACGAGCUGUAUCGAUAAUAUUUCGAGGCAUCUUGCUGAUGUGUGUGUCCAACGUGGCUAGAAGUGUAGCUGUUCUUUCUCCAGAAAACUGACCACUUUGGCAGCCUUAAUCGAGCUUUCUUCGCUGGCAAUGGAUGGCCGGAUAUGGGCAUCUGCCUGUUAGAUGAAGAAUAUUCGAUCGGUUUUCCGUUGUUCAACCUUCUGACGCCGCCUAGGUCCAGUCCACCGGUUCUUUAUUGCUUCUUAUCUCCGCUUAGUUUCCUAUUACUUCCUCCAUACUUUCAAUGAGGAUGGUAAUCUAUUUUCUUGACUGGAAACCCAAAGCCCCUACACCUCUUUAAAUAUAUACUUCUUCCCAUGAAAUACAACCGCCUCUGGGUAUCGUAAAAAGGAUCCUCCCUUCCAUGCAUCACAUCUAUCCUCCUCACAGACCCUAUUCAAAAAGUCCAGUGCACUUCCCCUUUUGGCUUCGAUAGACAAAGGAAGGAUGGUAGAUAGGUACAAAGGUGGGUUCAGCUGGGUAAAUAAAGGACUUGAUAGGGAUGUGAUGAUAGUAUGCGUAGAAUCGUUGAUGAAGACUUAUGUGCGCUGUUGUUUGGCUGGAGGAGGAGAGUGGUGCUAGC